AUGAAGUAUUUCAUCGUAUUAGCUUGUCUUCUUGUCGCCGCCGAGGCUUACACAAAAUCGGGCAACCCAUUCAAAACCAAGAAAUACAAGUGUGUCGAGGUUUCCGAUGAUGAAGAAAUUCAAAUUGUUCCAAAGAAGAAGUCUGCCUCUUCCAAAUACCCAUGGAAGGCCGAGGAGGAGAAGGUGAACCGUAGAAAUGAAAAUUCCCGAUCCACAGAGAGCAUCGAAAUGCCAAUGGCUAGAAAAGUAUUGACCAAGAAAAUUAUCUCCACCACCCCACCAACUAUCUCUGAUGUGCAAAGAGAUGCCAAAGGAAGACCACUGAUCCUCUCUCCAGAGCACUGCAAACAGGUUGAACACUAUUCCAAGAUGUACGGAGUGAAGGAUGUUUUGGGAUGGGUACAAAACAACUGCUCAUUUGCCAAGAUGUACGUUCCAGGAGCUACUUGUGAGGAGAUCAACAUUCUUGUUGCCUCUUGCUACAAGAAGAGAAAUUAA